AUGAAGUUCUUUAAAAUAAUACCCAUUGUCACAUUUUUCACUUUUGUUGCUGGAAAAGGAGCAGUAGCACCAACUAAUUUUGAAUUCAAUUUAGAAGAAAGAGAAUUCGGAGAAGAAUUUUAUGACGAUAUAUUUUCAUUUGCUGAAGAGUUACUUCUUUCAAAAAGAGAUGAUACGUCUGCAUCAGCCCAAGCUAUAGAAUCUGUAUUGGUAGCCGUGAAUCUGUCAGGUGCUCUUUGGACGCUUGUAGACCUGGUAGCAGCUUCCAAUUCUACUUUAGAUAGUCUUGCUAACACGGCAAUCUCGUUACUCAGCGGUAACUCUUCAUCAUCGUCAGGAUUGUCCCUUAAUAUCUCUCUUAACACUUCAGAGCUUUUAGAUAAGGUAAUGCUGAGUGGGAUAAUUCAAUCCACUGCCUCUGGAUUAUUACUCAACAAUGCAACUAAUGACAAACUUGCAGGUGUAGUUGGGCAUGUUUUGAAGUCUGUCCCAUGGGUUGCUGAAGUAUUGAAAGCAACCGGUGAUGGUAAAAAAAUAACAAUUGAUUUUCUUGCUGAUUUAAUUCAGAACUCAACGUCUAAGGAUCCAAACUUCAGUACAGACAGUCAGAAGCAAGCAGUAUUCAGCAAUACUAAACGUAACGAAAAUGGAACUGAAGGUUCAGCCGAAGCAUUCCUCAAUAAUAUAGCUAAUAGUGUACUCCAAUCUAGUCUUGUUAGCACUUCUAUUGACGACAUUUUGGUUGCACUCAACGAAACUGGUUUUGUUUUGGAUUUGGUCAAGCAAUCCUUAGAUCAUACUUCCUCCUUGUACACUAUUGGUGCUGCUGUGGUUUCUAAGUUGUAUAACGCUGGAGCAUUAGAUGGUAUUGAAAUACAACCAUUACUCGACGAAUCCAAAAAGACUCACUCUUUAGCCCAUGCGCUUCAAUGGGCCUUCACAAGUCCAACUUGGGCACCUGGAUUAGCAAGGCUCUUCAAAACUAUGGAUGAGGCAGGCGUAUACUAUCAAGUUAAACUCAAUCUUUUUGGGCCAUAG